GCCCGCCGAGGCGCCUGCUUGGCACCUGCGCAAUAGUGGCCAGAUUCCCUCUUCCGCAUCAUCGCGAAUUGGCACUAAAGUAGAAAGAAGUUUGAAAUCCCGGUCUGAUCUCGGAAGUAGGUAGCUGGCUGAAGGAAGAUCCAGGAAGACUGGUUCAAAUACUGAAAUUUCUUCAUCUGGAAUGUACGUGAAAUCAUUGCAAGCUGUUAAUCUUGCUCUUGAGGAUAAAGAACAUGAUAAUGACUGUUGCUGAGAAAACUGGACAGAAUUCAAAGCUGCAUUAUGUGAAACUGGACAAGAUGAAGGAAGAGCCAAAUGGAGAAAUAAUUAAGUAUAAUCCUAUUCAUCUGGAUCCCCUUCACUUCGAAUCAUCAAAUAUAAUAGACGUGUUCUAAACAGCUGCUGAUGAAACUAUUGGAUUUCAGUGCAGUAGUGAAAGCAUCUUGUCACAAAUAUAAUCAACAAGUGGAUGCUAUAAAUGAUCGUGUGCAGGAAAUUUCACAUAUUAACAGUGAAGGAAAUUCAGAAAUCUGCCAUCAGGAAAAACAAGAACAUAUGAAUUCUGCAUCUGAUCAAAUUUUGUGUUAUGUAAAGGCUUUCUCUAAAUGCCACAAGGUUGAGUGUGAUGCAUUUAUGUUAACGAACAAAUACAGUUUCAAAAAACGUAAGCGCUCCAAUGACUCUGGUUUGCAAAAUGAGAGGACCCCAAGACCUCGAUUGGAUAAUUUGGCUAAUGAGUGUGAUUUUUCCACUUUCUUUAAAAGUAGCAAUUCUCUUGCUGGUAAUUUUAGUGAAUAUCUGUCCCAAACACCAGCAGAACAAUUUUAUAUAUCAGAUCUAGACAACACUUUCACUUCUACUUGUUUUGAACAAAAUAUACCUCAUGUUACAUAUUACAUAGACAUCCCUACUGGGGAGCAUUUUGACUUAACAUCUCAGCUUAAUGUAGACAAUCCUUUGAAUAUUAAAGGAGGGCUGGAAGAUUUGCAAUGUAAGAAUGAGUUCAAAAACCUGAUGAAUCCACAAAGUAUUGUGUGGAAUUGUGAAGAUCAAUCAACCUACUCGUCAAACACUACAAUAGAUAAUCAAGAAAUAAGUGAACAAAAUCAGUUUGUUCAAACCAAUGAGAAAGAACAACUGAGAACUACUUUAAGUGGUGCUGCAGUUCAGGUUAGAAAGGAGUUACUAUCAACUUCUCUGAACACUCAAGAGUCUGUAAAUCAAAGUGGGAAAUUGGUCCAUGAUAAUGAAAUUGGGAUUAUGGGUGAAGCUAAACUUCAGAACACAAACAAGGAGAUUAAUCCCAGAACUACAACAAAUGCCCUGCAGGUUGCAGCCAGUACCAAUAUAGCUCCAGCCUAUGGUACUGAUUCCCAAGCAGGUGAAAAUAGAUGUGAAAAUUCAAUCAGCUUCUGCAAUCACCAUUUUAAAGAUUAUAUAAUUCAAACAUACACAUUUUCAUCGGAAUCUGAAUGGGAUAUUCAAUUACCUGCACAAUGUGACAUUUUACAAACCAUUACCAAAAACCAGUCUGUUGACAUGGAACUCUUAAGAAAGACAUGUAGUUGUGAAAGAUGCAGAAUAUGAAACUCAGUUAUACUCUGUUUUAAAAGAUAAAUCAAAGGUAGAUUGGAUUGACAAAGAGGGAUAUGAUCUAACAAGCUGACGGAAUGAAACAAACGUCACAUUGUAUAGUAUUUGAGUCCUGUCUGGAUGAUUGCACUUUAUUAUUGAUACUGCCAAAGUUAAUUGAAAGAUCUUAUUAAUACUUUAAUUAUGCUUUGUUAAUUAUUUUACUUUAAUGGGUUCAGAGAAAAGCUUAGAAAAGCUGUUAGUAUUACUUGUCCAGGAUUAAUACCCUAGAACUGAUUUUUGAUUUUCUGCUUCAAUUUCAUUUUUUAAUCAAUGGAAUUCAGUUGAUCAAUAACAUUUGCCAGUGGAUAUUAGCAGGCCAACUCUCAAAAGGAUAUGCUUACUUUUUAAUUCAAAACCUUUUUACAUUUUUUUCUUUCCUUUCCCCUACUCCUUUGACUUUCAUAGUACUUGAAUCUUCAGACACUACCUCACUUUUUUAAAAUAUGCAGUAUUUCUGUUUUUGCACUUUUUAAAAUCUAUUCAACAUACAUAAUUGAUUUACUUGUUUAUUUAUUGUUAUUAUUUUUAUUUUAUUCUUUUCUCUGCUAGAUUAUGUAUUGCAUUGAACUGCUGCUGCUAAGUUAACAAAUUUCAUGUCACAUGCCAGUGAUAAUAAACCUGAUUCUGAUUCUGAUAUGAGAAAAGUAAACUUCAGAUGUUCUUAAUGGUCAGCAUUAAAAAAUUCCUUAUUGGUAAUGCUGUUCCAUGCAGAAUAAUAGGAUGUUGAUCCAUGCCUGAAGUGCUAUGUAGCAUUUGAUUUUUGAAUGCUCUCAAGCACGAUACAGAGGCUGCAUCCAUGUCUCCUUAAUUCAAUGCCACUCCCUUAUCCACAGUAAUGGAAAGGUUGCCCAUUAAUUUGUUGUCCGUUUGUACAAUAUUCAAAUAGAGCUGCUACAGAUUCCAGGAGCAGACCACUUGGUUUUCUAAACAGAUUACAUGGAAGAAAUUAAUAUUCAUAAAUACUCACCAGUCAUCUUGUAUACCCCUUUCACAGAUAGCUAACACAAGUAAAUAUCCAUUUGCAUGUAAGGGUUCACAGCAAGAGAGAGAUAAUUUCUUAGAGAGAAUGAUCAGAUUAGGUACAAAAUCAGCAGAUCUCAAUUGUAGAUGUACGGGGUCUUUCUUUUUGUUAAAUUUAAAAUGGCUUCUUAUGUUAUACUGGGGAAUGCUGAGAUAGUCUCUAACUAGACAGUUGCUUGGGUUAUUAGAGAUAGCAGCGUUCUCUUAGCCAAUGGGUGGUCAUGUAUCGUUUUGUUUUCGGAUACAAUGCUGUAUCAUAUGACUGGGAACAGGAUUUUUGGCGGGGGGGGAGUCGGAGGAGAGACAGGGAGGACGGCGGAUGUGCAGGGUUUUUGACGGGGAGUCGG